CUGUUAACGUGUACCACUGACAGGUUGUACGCUUGGCACUGGUGGUACACGUACCACAGAUUGGGAACUGAUGAACUAGGCAACCUUCAGCGCCUAAAGGCCAUUUCUGAGGUAAGGCCCAAAGGAGCGUUGUAAGAAUCAUCUUCUCAACUAUAACUAGAGAAACAGCUACAGAUGUGUGAAUUGCUCUUUCAGCUCAAUGGGAACUUGAUUCAAAGUGGAUAACUAAAAACAGGUCAGAUUUCCCUUGGAACAAAGUCUUUUUAUUCUGGGAUUUUACCCACUCGUUGUCUCACCCUAACUACCUGGAAAGUUACAGGGAUAACACUUUUUCCCUCCGGACAAUAUUGGCUAAUUAAAGUUAAUUGCCAUUCAAAUUGCAUGUAUAAACAACUGUCUUGCACCUGUCUCGAUACAAGUCAAAGCCUGAAGAAAUCAGUAAGGAGAAAAGCACAAUAAACCCCAGUUGCCUAUUUUAAAUUUAUUAAAGUCAACAGAUAUUAGCUCUGAAGCUUAUGAAAACAGUUAUAAAGGUCACUACCCUUGAUUAUUUAAUUGCCAGGCAUUUUAAACUAAUAACUAAUGCACCAAAACUAUGUUAAAAAAACAACAGUAAAAAACCCCUUGCAUCACUUUGCAAAUCUGAAUAAAAUAUCAUCACACUGUGGGUGUCAAAGGCUCAUUUUGCAGAAUCUGAGGUUAAAUGAAAUUACACCCUUAAUCUGCAAAACUAUAAAUCACAUGGUUUGGAGUCUCUUUAGUUCCUGCUCCUCUGUUUGUCUCAAAACCGUCACACACUAAUUUUAUCAGAAAUACUAAUGAAAUAUGUUUGAUGUGGGGCCAUUUACCUGAAGUGAUUUCUGGGAAAUGUUUCAUCAGUAAAAUAGAAACAGAAUACAGAACUUUUCUAGAACAGAAACAAACAUUAUCCACAUUUUUAAAUAAGAUUUUCAUCGUCCUAGCUGUACCAAAAAAAAAGCUUAUAAAAAUGCCCAAACGAAAAGACUCACAAGUUAAAUGAAAUCCGGCAUGCACACAAAUUAUACAUGCACACAUCACGUGCGUUAUACCGCGCAUAUAGUUCCCUUUGUAUUUUAUCAGACUUUUUGCACAACCAAAUGAUUUGGUGGGCCUGAACAGGUUGGGGCACAGCGACCAGAUAAUGAAGCUGUGCACUUUCAGAACACCGGUUUUCCUUUUAAAUCGAUUUUAAAUCGUUCCUAUUGAGAUCGGUCUGCUCUUUUCCAUGGUUUGUGAUAUCACAAAGGACGCGAAAGAGCAGAGCGAUUUGAAUCUAGUUCACGCACUUGUACUAGGGCAUGUUUAGCUUCUCCUGGGAAGACGUUUCGGCUCACAGCCUUGCGCGAUUAUUCAGCUGCCAAGUAGCUGUGAACAAAGGAAGCGCAGCUGCUCCGAGACCACAGCCCGCAGAGCAACGAGGAGCAGGAUAUGCACAGACCUCAGCCCCCGCCUCACUACAGCGGGGAAACUGCAGAGCAAGGGCUUGUGGGACCAGGAAGUGUGUUUAGCAAAGCCCUGCGGCUGGACGCCCGUCCCUGCUCUUCCGGGGCAGGGUAGCUGAUCACAGACCCACGGCAACUCGCAAGACGCCACAACUCUUGAUUUGCCUGAGCAUUCCAGGGGGAACCAGGGACUGAAGGAAUCUCCCAACCAUCAAAUAAUUUCUUGUCCCAAAAGCAGCAGCCGCAAAGUGAAGAACACUCGCUGACAGUGCUCCCUGCCUCUGUGGGCUUCCACCUUGUAUUCAGUCUUGUGCAAGGGUCUUCAUUCCCCCUCCCUACAUGACCUUUCGAGGAGGGAUCCUGCGAACAGAGGACACCUACCUGGCUAUACCUGGGAAACAUAAGCAGUUCUGCUGUAGUUCCCAAUAAAAGCUGUUGGGAAAGGUUGCAUAUUUCAGCUUCCUGCACAGCCUGGCAUAACAAUGAAGGUUCUAUGAGGGGGAAGGAUGACUGAAUGGCAGAGAAAGAGUCCCCUGGAGUGGCAGACCUACUUAAACAAGGAGGCGAAAGUUACAGCUGCUGAGAAGCAUGAAUAUGUAGGAUGGGUCUUAACAGUUGACCCAGUUUCUGCAAACAUCGUUUUAGCUAAGCUCCUGGAAGAUGAAAAAGUAUCUGUUUCAGUUGUCUUGGGCCAUGCUGUGCAAAAAGUUGAAAUAGUGAGUGAAGGGGACAGCCCAAUACAGGAACAGCUUGCUCACCUCUUUAUGCCAGAAGAGAGCCAAGCAUACAGCCAGGAAGAGCUGGAGAGGAGGAAGAGCAGCUUGAAGACCUGGCUGGAAACUAAUCAUAUUCCAGUCACAGAAGAAGGAGAAUCACAGAGAACAUUGUGUGUUGCAGGGGUCUUAACAAUUGAUCCACCCUAUGGGCCAGAAGACUGCAGCAGCUCUAAUGAAAUUAUUCUGUCUAGGGUGCAAGGUUUGUUACAGGGCUAUUUUGCAGCACCACAAUAAUGAACAUAUUGACAAUUUCAUUCAAAUAUUUCAUAUUUCAAGAAUAGGGGGAAAGGGUAGGUAGGUUAUUUUCUUUUCUUAAGAAUUGUUGUGUGUGAUUGACAGGCUUGGUUUUCACUGGUAGAGCUAGGAUGAACAGCACUGCUGGGUUUGAGCUACAUGGAUUUUUCUGUGUAUGAGGGCAUAAACAACAACACAGCAGUGCAUCUAAAAGCAGGGGACAUUUGUUUAUAUUUUUGUUUUAAAAUGUCAUUCGAUAUUAAUGGUAUAUUUAAUGACUCCAAAGCCAAUAGCUUCUUUAACAAUGUGGUACCAUAUGAAAAAUUUAAGCUUUUUUUCCCUAUGACUAUAUGAUUUCUGCCUUUAAACAAUGCUUCUGAGUUCAUUUCCCCCUCUGGCAGUAUAUAUGACUAAACAGUUUGCCAUAAUAUAUUGUUUUUAAGAAGAAAAAUUUGCUUGCUUAAUCAGUAAUUUCCAGAUUAAACUAACAAGUUUAAAUAACAAAAAUGUUCAUGUAAAACUCUGCUUUACUGUCAAUUUACACAAACACAUAGAAUGUUUAUUAGAAAUAUUUGGCUGGGGUUCUCCUGUUUUAGUAGAAAAAUGCUGAUGAAAAUCCAGUACCAUAUGAAAGUUGCCAUGUUGUUAGCAUGUAGCUACAAGUUUCUAAUUUAAAUUACGUUGCAUAUAUGCUAAAUUUGUUCAUUUUUGACAGCACUGAACUUCUUCAUUAAUAAGACAACUUAUGACAAAC